AUGUCGAAAAGAAAAUCUGAAGAUAGUUUCCAUAAGGCUAAACUUACCAAACGCACCAAUUCACAAGAACAGCCGGAACAAGAGCUUUUUGAACAAGUAAGCCUUUUUGGAUCUCAAGAUAAUAAUAGCAGUCUCACUGAAGCAACCAGAAUUAGCAGGGGAAGUUCUGCUUCUCAAAGAGAGGAAGCAAUGGAAGUUGUAUCUGAGAGUGAUAUAAAACAGUCUACAUCCAAAAUGUCCAUUGGAGUAACUAGGAGUGACAGGGAGUGUUGUGAACAUCAUCUAAUUUGUAAAACAACACUUGCUAUUCCUUCGAAAAAAAACAAGGAGACAGCAAAAGGAGCCGCAGGUACUGAAGAAUUCAGUACCAAGGAGGAUAUUCUCAAAACGUGCAAUGCUCUCUUAAAUUCUGGCGGGGGAUUGUUGGAAAUGAAAUUUUCCGAGCUCCAGAACGACGGCAGAAUUAAGAAAGAUUCUGUGGAUAGUUACUGGCGAAAAAUUGAGCCCUCUUUAAUUGAAAUGAUUUAUCCAGCAAGUUACGACGAUGUCUUCGAUCGUCGUGAACUGCCCAACCAAAUUCAGCUCUUUGUAAAUGCCCCCAAACACUUCUGUACAAAGAAGUACAAUUUAUAUGUACCAAGUGAUGGAUCCGUACUGCCAGCCUCUUGCGAUAAAGUUGCCGAAAUUCUGAGGCAGAAACCACAUGGUUUUAAGAGAAGAAUUGAUUCAAAUGUACGAGUUGCGUUGGAAGCCCUUCAGGAGAUACCAGAGAAGUUUCGUUUGAAUGAGAAAUUCGACUUGACAGAGUCCAAACAACUUCAAUAUAAAAACUUUACAUCUGGUUAUGAUUUCUUUGCAAAUCAUGCUCAUAAAGAAAAAAUCCGUAAACAGUUGUCAGCCUUUGGUAACUGUAAUGGCGGAGUCAUUCUGUUAGGAGUAAAAGAUGACCAACAGGUUUGUGGCGUAGACUUAGGUAAAGAUAAGAGGGAAGAUGUUGAGAAAAAGGUACGCUCCCAGGUCAACAAAGUUUGUUGUAACUUUGAGCCAAAAAGAGGUGUCCAUUGGGAUGUGGCUUUCUCUACCGUCAUAGGAUCUGAAUCCAAUCCUGUCAUAGUCAUUAAAAUGGCAGGAAUUCAAGGUUCUGGAGGAAUCUUUGGAAAACUUCCUGAAAGCUACGAAUUAGGAAGUGAUGAGGGUGGUCGGCACGUCGCUCGUCUUCUUAAAUUUCAUGAGUGGAAAAAUAGAAUGGAAUCGGAUAGGGCGUGGUGGCAAGAGAACAGCAAAGGUGUUGAAGAAUUUCUCGCAAAGUUCCAAAAGAUACGUAUCUCCGCAGGACCUGCAUUAUCGAUCAAAGAUAGUGUCCAGAGUAUAAGGGAUUCUUUUUUCAUGGUUGAUGAGAAAUUCUCCAUCUCACCGAAAGGUGCAGUGGACAACCUUCCAAGAGUAGCACAAGCAGUGAUUCACCAAAUCCAAACGGUUUGUCGAGGGGACCAGAACCGUGGAUUACUGGUUGUGUCACGUUCUUGGCUUCGCGAUACUGGAGGUAAAUCAAUCGUUGGGGUUAUAUGCGACGUUCUUGUGGUCAGCAGAAACAUGGGUGGACUACAUCUUUACACCCUCUGUGGUACAGUAGACGAGACCUCUCAGAAUUACAGCAAGGAAGCUGCCCAGGCAAUAAAGAGAAGUCUCGACAAUCAUGGUGCCAGAGGCCAGAGGUUUUACGUGUCGUUCCACGUAGUCUCCUGUUGUGGACGGGGAGAAGUCACAGUGCCCUUACGUGACGACCAUUUCCCAGAGUCGUAUGACCUGAUAUCUCCCCGAGAGAAGUUAAAUGAAAUACUGAAAGCAAUGGUGAUAGGUCUUACAGCGGUGCCCUCAACUCUGUCUAGUAAAGUGGGCGUAACCAUUUUGAACCUCCUGACCAAAGAGCAGUUUCAGGUGGUCUAUGAGAUGAUUGACGUAACCAGGGAAUUAUGGGUGAAGGGCGUCGCUGGAACAGGAAAGACCCUCGUGGCAGUAGAAAUGAUGAAAAGAAUCAGGCUGCGUGAAAAUGUAGAAGGACAUGAAAUACUUUAUGUCUGUGAAACUGAGGGAGUAGCCAACCAAGUACGGAGAAGCUGUUCUUGUAAAGCAGUUUGUCGAGAAACCUUCUUGAGGCGGGAGUUUCCAGACGCCAAACAUGUGAUUAUGGAUGAAGUACAUAACUUCAAGCAACCUUCGGGUACUGAAUCCUGGUAUGAGAAGGCAAGGCGCAUUGUGCGACGGCAUUCCCCCGGCAGACCAGGAUACCUCUGGUUUUUCAUUGAUCUCUACCAAAAGAGUCACCAGUUUCCAUCAGGUAUUCCAGACGAUGGCUGGCAGCAACCUCAGGUUUGGUUACACAAGGUUAUUCGAAACUCAGGAACGAUAUUUCAUUCCGCUAAAAAAUGGCUUAGUGUUUCGGGAGUUGAAUUCGAGAUUGGGCACGACUUCAAAGGAGAAAAAGUUAGGAGAAUAACAUACUCACCAACAGAAAAAACCCAAAUAGAAGUUCUGAAAGUAAAUUUGCAGAAGCUUUUGGAAGAGGGUUACAGUCACGGUGAUAUCGCAGUACUUUUCUUAGAAAAGGAUCGAAUACCUCCUGUUAGAGAACUCUCUGUUGCUUUGAAUAAUUCACCUUGGACGUCAGCAGAUCAAAACCAUUCGGACAAAAUAGUCAUAAGCUCAGUUUUCCAAUACAGUGGUCUCGAACGACCCGUUUUAGUACUUGUGGAUGUGUAUGAGCGUUUGCCCAGUCGCCAGCGCGAACCUUUCCUUUAUGCCGCGAUGACACGCGCCAUGGUUAAACUCGUCAUUAUUUACCGCAAAAAUUGA